AUAACACUAGAUGGCGACAUUUGUAAGGGGGAGAAAUGGGUGGGAGGUUUAGGUGUUUUUUUGUUUUUGGGGUGUUGGAGGAUGUCUAUAGGUGUUUUUUAGAGAGGGGGGUGGACUUAAUGUUAGUGUAUUUAAGGUGGGGUUAUUGAUUGUUUUUUGAGAAGACACACCAGCAGAUGAGCUCUGAACGGAGAAGUUGGAGAGCGUCCAAAGUUAGAGAGCGUCAAAAAGUUGUUUCGAGAUGGUUAAAGGUAAGCCAUGUUAUUAAUUAUACUGGUAUAAUAAUAAUAAUAAUAAUACACUGAAGUUAUUAUAUAAACAUGAUGUAAUGUGUAUGUAAUGUCAUGCAGAUAUAACUGUGUUUGCUGACGUGCACGCAGUAUUUGACGACGACUUUAGCGGAGUUUAUUUAACACAAUCAGACUACGAUCUCGUAGCGGCUGCUACUAGGCAAAAAAACCCACUGAUACAGACUGGUUUGGAGGCAGAACCGAGUGAUUUCGGCCAAAUCAUACCCCCCUCCGGCCGACAGGAGGUUGUCACGAGCUCUGCACGUCAUUUUGAAGCAACGAAAACAGCAGAGUUAUCAGAGCUACGUGAUAGCAGUCAAAACACACACCCCUCCGGCCAGCAGGCGGCUGUCACGAACAUAGAGACGGAAGAGGGAGCAUCCACAGACAUAGAAUUGGCGGACGCUUUAUCUGCUUACGAAGACCUUCCUCAAGAAUCGAUAAACAAAGUCAGAGUUAAGCGUUGUGGAACGGGGCUGCUUCAAAGAGUGAGAAAGAGCAGACGUGCAGCCUUCUACUCAACUACUAAAAGGCCUGAAUCGACAAACGAGAGCCAUCACCAUAAGACAAGGCGUGCUAUAAAGUGCAGUGGUAACUGUGUUUACAAAAAACGGCUACAAGAAUGUUUUAAGGUAAUACGUAUUUUGACAGAUUUAGCUCAAUCAAGAUAGGUCUGAUUUUUUUUGUGUUGUUUAUAUUGUAACUUCUAUCAAAAAGAAAUACAAUGGAUCAGGCUAACCUUACGUCAGCAGAGUCGGAUUUCUUAACAAACAUUGACGAAUUAGAUUUACAGCUACUUUGUGAUACACCUGAGCUUGAUUUGUCAAACAUUAACAAUGAUUUGCCGUCAACUAGUGCUUCUACAAGACAAAUACCAGAUUUGGUCAACAUUGUGAACAAUGCCAUGCAGGAAGGGAGAGACACAGAGAGUCCUGAUAUUCAGGCCCACUUACAAGCUGUCGUAAACGAGCUAAACAGUCAAAACCGGAAUGAUGGUAGCCAAAGUCCUACACUAAUACCUUCACAACUGCUAAACAUGAUAGCAGAAUUAAACAACCAAGCUAACAGUAACAGCGGGCGCAACAGUCCAGAUAUUCCUGCUCAACUGUUAAACAUGAUCCAAAAUCUAAAUACGCAGCCUCUGAUUGAUCGAAUGACCGUUAACCCUAUAGAUCAUGAGAUAGAUGCUUCUGUAAUAACUGGUAACAUGCCACCAUCAUUUCAGCCUAACAACUGCUCUGUUAUAAUCGAUCACGAAAUAGAUGUUAUUGACAACAACGCACCAGCGUUUCAAGACAUAGCCCACCAAUCUAACAACAAUGCUUCUGUAAUAACUAAUCAGCGCGGCGGCUCUGUUGUAGUAAAUAGACCGCAUUUCAAUAAUAUUGAGAUAAGGCGGUAUUUGAAUAUACCAUCACAAGCAAACAGCAAUGAUUUUGCAACCUUUUACCUACAGAUUGAGGAUAGAAUAGAUGAAGUCUUGCGAGAGGUUGAUAUGCAAACACAGAGAAGUGACGUAAUUCAAAUAGAGUUAGUGGCUGGAAAUGAUAGGGCUCACGUUUACUCGCAAAAAAGCGACAUAAACACUGUCCGUGAUAAUGUAUCAGAUCUGCUUGAACGUCUAGCUCAAUCAAAUGUAGAGCUUCUAGCUGAUGAGAAUUUAGAGCUUAUUGUUCAAAUAGUCAAACCGAUCCGUGGUGGAAUGCGUCGUCGACUGAUGAACACUACCAACAAAGAGAUUUUAACGCGUAAAAAACGACAUUUGUACAUACCUCGUAAUAAGGACAACAAUCUAUGCUUUGCUCUUUCACUAACCUAUCUGCUAAAUGACACGCUAACAUCAAAACAAGCCGUAAGCCAAGCCAGACUUUUGCAUCAGAGUGUGGGUUUAGAUUGUCAAACACCUGUGAGUUUGGGGGAUGUACAUAAAUUUGAAAAAGUUCUCAGACGGAAAAUAACUGUCAUGUAUCGAAAAGAAGACAGCCGCCCCAUGACUUUCUUCAACACACAUUCCCCUAAAACAGACGAAGACACUUUAUUUGUUUUGCACCUCGAGAAUCAUUACUACGGUGUGAAAACGAUAGAGGCAUUCAUGGGGUAUGCAUAUUUCUGCCGAUAUUGUUACAGAGGGCAUGAAAAUUGGCAACAACAUCAAUGUGGGGGACACUGUAACAUUUGUCUCGAUCCUCGUUGUAAACAACGACGAUUUAAACAUGUUAUCUGCCCUGAUUGUAACAAAUCUUGUCGUAAUGAAGAAUGCUUUGCCAAACAUAAAGAGUUCCGAGCGACGAAUCGUGUGAGCAACUGCACCACAUACAAAAAAUGCUUGCAAUGCGGGCUCCAAUAUUAUGUGAAAGCUGAUGGUACCGGGGCUAAACAUAGAUGCCCCGUAAAAAGAUGCGCCGUGUGUAGUGAGAUCUUAAACCAAAAUGACGAUGUCUUACUAAACCCUCACUUGUGUUACAUGCAGCCCAUCAAGCCUCAACAACCAUGCAAAAAUGUAGUCUACUAUGAUUUUGAAACUUAUGUAGAUGCAGAUGGUUUACACAACCCCUUUCUUAUCUGUUGUAAAUCAAAUAGACUGACGAAACACUGGUUUGGGACAGACUGUGUUGACAAAUUCCUCACAUUUUUUCGAAACCCCCGGUUUAAACAAACGACAUUUGUUGCACAUAAUGCGAGAGGUUUUGAUUCCUACAUCUUGAUAAAGAGAAUGCUUGAAUUAGGUAUCAAACUUGACAUUCUGAUGCAAGGGAGUAAGGUUCUUUCAUUCGUCGAUUUAGACACAAAAUCUCGUUAUAUCGACUCAUUGUCAUUCUUAACGAUGCCGCUAAGUGCGAUGCCUAAGGCCCUGGGGCUUGAAGACAAAUCAAAGGGGUGUUUCCCACAUAAAUUUAGCUCUUUAGAACAUUUACACUACGUAGGAUGUCACCCUGAGCCUACAUACUACAAUGUCGAACAAAUGUCACCCUCGCAACGUGCAAAGUUUGAUGAAUGGUAUGCCAAACAAGCUAACGAUGUGUUUGAUUUUGCGAAACAGGCGCUAACCUACUGUGAGAAUGAUGUUGAUUUGCUAAUGCAAGGAUGUGAGAAAUUCAGGAGCGAGUAUUUUGAGGCUACAAGAACAGACCCUUUCAACGCCGUCACAAUAGCCUCGGCUUGCAUGAAAGUUUUUCGUACUAAUUUCCUAACUCCUGAAACACUAGCUAUUACACCUUCAGACAACUACAUGCGACAGUACAAAGCUUUCUCACACGAUUCUAUUCAAUACUUGCAAUGGGUCAUGCAUAGUCAAAAUAUCCACAUUAGACACGCGUUGAACGGGGGAGAAGUUAAGAUCGAUAACUACACUAUAGACGGGUAUUCUGAAAUUGGGGGAGUGAAAAUAGUUUUUGAGUAUUUUGGUUGUUAUCACCAUGGCUGCCCAGAAUGCUACAACCUCUCUAAUAUAUGUCCAACAACAAAACGCCCCUUUCAGGAAAGGUUUGACAACACCCAAAAGAAAAUUCAGGAACUGCAGCUUAAACAAGAUGUGCACCUUGUAAUUAUGUGGGAGCACGAAUGGUUGCAAAUGAAAAUAUUGAACACAGAGGUUAAGGAAUUCCUGAAAAAAGCCAAAUUUCCUACACCUCUCAAACCAAGGCAGGCUCUUUUCGGAGGUCGAACAAACACGUUUGUUUUAAGAUACACGGCAGAAGCUGACGAGAAGGUGUUGUACGUCGAUGUCACAUCAUUAUAUCCUUUCAUUAAUAGUACAGGCAUCUACCCUAUUGGUCAUCCAACGAUUAUCCACGGUGAUUUUAAAGACCCAAGACUGUAUUUCGGCUUCAUAAGCGCUACCGUCAAUCCACCUCGUGGUUUGUAUUUUCCUGUUUUACCUUUCAAAACAGCUAAAGGUAAACUUGUCUUCACACUGUGUCGUACAUGCGCUGAGCAUAACAACCAGCAGACAGCUUGUACGCAUAAUGAUGAGCAGAGAUCGUUAACAGGUGUUUGGACAACUCCUGAAUUUGUUAAGGCACUUGACCUUGGCUACACUGUUGCAGAUAUUACCGAAGUAUGGCAUUACACAAGAGCGAGCGACACAAUUUUCCGUGAUUACAUGCGAACAUUUCUAAAAGGUAAACAGGAAUCUUCAGGCUAUCCAGCGCAUGCGGUCAAUCAAGCUGAUAGAGAAAAUUACAUACAGAGCUACGCGAUUCAUCAGGGUAUCCAACUGGACCCUUCCAAAAUUGCUGUAAAUCAUGGGAAACGUCAGGUUUCGAAACUUUGUCUAAACAAUCUAUGGGGAAAACUAGCCCAGCGUGAGAACAUGACAAACACAAAAAUUGUGACAAAAUCUGAGGAGUUUUUUGAUCUUCUGUUUUCCGGUUUGUACGAUGUGAAAUUUUUCCACUUUAUCAGCGAAAAGCUUUCGGUUGUACAAUAUUGUUUCAACGUAAACAAUGAGAUACCAGCCUCAAAAACAUCAAACGUGGCGGCUGCGUGUUUCACAACCGCUUAUGCACGUCUAAAAAUGUACAACUAUCUAGAAAUUUUACAGACGCGCGUUCUUUACACUGACACAGACAGUCUCGUGUACACGGUCAAACUUGGUGAAACUGUCCUUCCGCUAGGGGAUUAUCUGGGUGAUUUGACAGAUGAGCUUUCGAACGACAGCAUUUCAGAAUUUGUCUCAGCAGGGCCGAAAACUUACGCUUACAAGACAAGGGGGACAAACCGCACCGUCAUGAAGGUAAAGGGUAUCACACAGACUCACGAAAGCGGUCAGAGCAUCAAUCUUGACAGCAUGCUCGAUUUGGUUCAGGGGUACAUCGACACAGCAGGUGCAGUCUCAGACGUGCUUUACGCACCCCAACAUGGCAUUGUUCGCAAUAAGAGAGGGUUUCAUCUCAGAAACACAUCAUUUUCCAAACGGCUUCGUGUAGUCUACGACAAAAGAAGAUUGCUCAAUCAAGGCCGCACUGAACCAUUUGGUUAUUGAAAAUGGCUUUUAACCAGAUUGAAUUUGACCCUAGAUUAGAACUUCCUUUCUCAUCGUUAAUAGCGGGGCCUUCAGGUUGUGGGAAGACCUUUUUUGUUAAAAAUGUUUUAGAAAAUCUUGAACAUGUUAUGAGAAAAAAACCUGAUAAUAUUGUCUGGGUUUAUACUUCAUAUCAACCAAUGUACGAUGAGCUCAAAAACAUGAAUAAAGACAUCGUUUUUAUCAA